AUGAACGACGCCCUCGUGAGCAUCGUCAAUGCUGAGCGCCGCGGUAAGCGCCAGGUUCUUAUCCGCCCCUCGUCGAAGGUGGUCAUCAAGUUCCUUAGCGUGAUGCAGAAACACGGUUACAUUGGUGACUUUGAGAUCAUUGACGACCACCGUGCCGGCAAGAUCGUCGUUCAGCUGAUUGGCCGCAUCAACAAGUGCGGUGUCAUCUCGCCCCGCUACCCCGUUCCUCUGAACGAGAUCGAGGGCUGGGUGUCGUCGAUGCUUCCCGCCCGUUCGUUCGGCUUCGUGGUCCUCACUACCUCGUCGGGCAUCAUGGACCACGAGGAGGCCCGUCGGAAACACGUGGCCGGCAAGAUCCUUGGCUACUUCUACUAA